AUAAAAAUGACAGCAAAAGAUGUGAUUAUGAAAAUGAAUAAGGAAGCAGAAUAUAAUGCUUUAACUGCGGACUUCUAAGGAAAUGAUACAAAAUUUGUUGGAGAAUAUGAAAAUGUUAGAAUUCCACAUGAAAAGAAAGAUGCAAUAAAAGAUGCAUUUAGAAAGGUAGCGAAAGCAUCAUAGCCAACAUUAAAGAAGUAAAAUACAAUUUCUAAAAUAGUCUUUCAUUGAGACAAAAUUGGUUAGACUUAUAGGAUAGAAUAUAUAAUAGAGCAUAAUACUACACAAGUAUUAAUUGUGAUCUAUGAUUACUAUAGCUGAUGCAAAUUCUUGUAUUAGUGAUGCAAGGAACGUUGCUGAAGUUAAUGUUUGUUGUGACAAUUACAUUUAAAGAUUAAAUUAUGACUUUUAUAAUGAUGUCUUACAAAUAUUAAAGGAUUAUUGAGA